GACAUUUUUGCUGUCAAAUAUGAGAAAACAACCGUAAAGAAAAACAAAAAAGUACUUUUUUCCCGUCUUUUGCGUUUGGUUUUUCGUCGGUGUUCGAUUGUGUUUUUAAUCCACAAAAAUCGCAAGAAUUUUCUCUAAUCAAUUAAAAAGUGAAUUAAAUCUUAAAGCCUGAAGAACAAUGGCUCCGAAAGCAAACUUCGUUCCAGUUAAACCAAAAGGACAAGCCUUCAAAGAUAAAUCGAAGCCGGCCGAUGUGCGUCUAUCAAAUAUUCAGGCAGCAAAAGCUGUCUCCGAUGCCAUUCGCACUAGCUUAGGUCCACGCGGCAUGGACAAAAUGAUUCAAGCCGGCAAUGGUGAAGUAUCGAUCACAAAUGACGGUGCUACCAUACUUAAACAGAUGAACGUACUUCACCCUGCUGCCAAAAUGCUUGUAGAGCUAUCACGUGCCCAAGAUGUUGAGGCCGGUGAUGGUACAACCUCAGUGGUCGUUAUUGCUGGCGCUUUAUUGGAAGCUAGUGAAAAAUUGUUGCACAAGGGUAUACAUCCCACGGCCAUUUCCGAUUCCUUUCAACGUUGUGCCAAUAAAGCCAUUGAAAUUCUUACGGAAAUGUCAACCCCAAUUGAACUAACUGAUCGUGAAACACUCAUCAAGAGUGCGGCGACUUCUUUAAAUUCUAAAGUGGUUUCUCAACAGAGCAGUCUUUUGGCUCCCAUUGCCGUAGAUGCUGUUUUAAAGGUGGCUGAGCCGGGAAAGGAAGGUGCUGUUGACUUAAAGAAUAUUAAGGUAAUUCGUAGUCUCGGUGGCACCGUCGAAGACACCGAGUUGAUUGAAGGUUUGGUGUUUACUUCGCGUUCGGCUGGUACAAAUGCACCCAAGCGCAUCGAAAAGGCCAAGAUCGGCUUAAUACAGUUCUGCAUUUCGGCACCAAAGACUGAUAUGGAUCACAACGUCAUCGUAUCGGAUUAUGCUGCUAUGGAUCGUGUGCUGAAAGAGGAGCGCUCAUAUAUCUUGAAUAUUGUAAAACAAAUAAAGAAAGCUGGCUGCAAUGUAUUAUUAGUGCAGAAAUCUAUUUUGCGCGAUGCUGUUUCCGAUUUAGCUCAGCAUUUCUUGGACAAGAUUAAGUGCCUUGUUGUUAAGGAUGUUGAACGUGAAGACAUCGAGUUUAUUUGCAAGACCCUUAACUGUCGUCCUAUUGCAUCAUUGGAUCAUUUUGUUGCUGAAAAUUUAGUAAAUGCUGAUCUGGUUGAGGAGGUGGCAAGUGGUACUUCCAAAUUUGUCAAGAUCACAGGCAUUCAGAAUCCUGGACGCACCGUAUCCAUUGUUUGCCGUGGCUCCAAUAAGUUGGUGCUCGAAGAAGCCGCACCUUUGCAUGAUGCCCUCUGUGUAGUGCGUUGUUUGGUGAAGAAGCGCGCUCAAAUCGUUGGCGGUGGUGCACCGGAAAUUGAAAUGGCUUUGCAGUUAGCCGCCUUGCGCAGCAUAGAGGGCGUUGACGCUUAUUGUUUCCGUGCUUUCGCUGAUGCCUUGGAGGUUAUACCAUCCACUUUGGCUGAAAAUGCUGGUCUCAACCCAAUUGCUACCGUAACAGAAUUGAGAAACCGCCAUGCGCAAGGCGAAAAAACAGCCGGUAUUAAUGUGCGCAAGGGUGCUAUUACCGACAUUUUGGCCGAAAAUGUAUUACAACCGCUAUUAGUCAGUAUUUCUGCAAUUUCGCUAUCUACUGAAACAGUGCGUUCCAUUUUGAAAAUUGAUGAUAUCGUAAAUACCAUGGGUUAAAUUUUUAUCAUGCGGUUGGAACAUCCACAUUCGAGGAUUAUCAAAUCUAAACAUUGUGACGUCUAAAAAUUUUCUUUGUUCGCAUUAAUCAUUAAUAUAACUUGAAUUAAAUACAAGGUGCUAGUUCAAGCGCCACCAACUGUUCACUCAAUUUCACUACAAAAAAGAAAAUAUACUUGCUGCUUUAUUUAAUCUUACUAUGUACU